UCUCACCACCAUUUGUUUCUGCUCCUGUUCUUGGGGAGGAGACCAAGACAAUGGCAGUUGCUUCAGCACCUUCCAUGGCCUGCCAGCUCAAGACCAGCUUGCUCUGCUCCAGCAGCAGCAGAAUCAGAGGCCUCUCAUCUCCGGCGCUCGCCAGGAAGAGGCUUUGCCUCACUGUUAGAGCUAUUCAAGCAGAGAAGCCGACGACGUACCAAGUGAUCCAGCCGAUCAACGGCGACCCGUUCAUCGGCAGCCUGGAGACGCCGAUCACUUCCAGCCCGCUCGUCGCCUGGUACCUCUCCAACCUCCCGGCCUACCGCACCGCCGUCAGCCCUCUCCUCCGCGGCAUCGAGGUCGGCCUCGCCCACGGCUACCUCCUCGUCGGGCCCUUCGUCAAGACCGGCCCGCUGCGCAACACCGAGGUCGCCGGCGCCGCCGGGUCGCUCGCCGCCGCCGGCCUCGUCGUCAUCCUCACCGUCUGCCUCAGCAUGUACGGCGUCGCGUCCUUCAAUGAGGGCGACCCGUCGACGGCGCCGACGCUGACGCUGACCGGGCGGAAGAAGGAGGCGGACAAGCUGCAGACGGCGGAGGGCUGGGCGCAGUUCAGCGGGGGCUUCUUCUUCGGCGGAAUCUCCGGCGUCAUCUGGGCCUACUUCCUCCUCUACGUCCUUGACCUCCCUUACUACAUCAAGUAGAGUGGAUCAAAAACUUGUGUUUGUGACGUCGAUCAAGAAGAACAACAAACAAACAAAAAAAAAAUCCCCAAAGAUUUGUAUAUUCAAGAAGAACUUCUUAUUUAGAACGUAAUUAUAACGCCGAGUUUAUCCAAA